AUGUUCUUCAACCAGGCGUGGGCAAGUGCGCUUGCUGUUGCGUUUGCUGUCGCGCUAGGGUCGGCCGGAUCAGCACACGCAUCGGAAUCGGGAGAACAGAAAUGGAGCAAUCCUGGCAAGGAUCUCAAAAAGAUCAAGCACAUUGUGUUGUUUAUGCAAGAAAAUCGUGCGUUUGACCAUUAUUUCGGUACGAUGCACGGUGUUCGCGGUUUCCAAGAUCCAAAUGUCAUGGUAUCAAACAACACAGGUCAGUCUGUCUUCCAUCAACCAGUGGAUAAAACGAUUUUGUCUCCAGCUCCUCCGAAGGAUGUUCAUGAACUCCAGCCCUUUUAUCUCAAUUGGAAAGGUGGUGAUUGGAAUGAAAAAACGCAGUGCAUGCUUGCUGGUGUAAACGACUGGGUUUUCAAUCAUGCUGCAUGGAACAAUGGUGAGAACGAUCAUUGGGCUCUUAGGAACUCUGUCUACAGUCUCGGUUAUUUCAAAGAAGAUGAAAUCCCGGUUCAAUGGAACUUGGCCGACUCUUUCACCGUCGGUGAUAUGUACUACGAGUCGAUUAUCGCGUCGACCGAUCCAAACCGUGUUGCAUUCUUUGCUAGCACUAUUAAUCCCCAGCAUGGUAGUACUGUGGAGGGUUCUAACAAGCAUAUGGGUGGUCCUGUGUUGAACAACCACGCUUCAGAUGGAUGCCAAAUUGCGGCGAACGGUGGUCCGCUUUCUUGUAUGCCUCUUCGCUGGAAAACGGUUCCCGAAUAUCUCCAAGAUGCUGGAAUUUCCUGGCAGGUGUAUCAAGAUGAGGACAACUUCGGUGAUGACCCACUUGCUUUCUUCUCACAAUACGAAGAAUCAUCCAAGCACAAGGGUGAGCUUGCAAAGCGCGGUACAUCCUAUGUUGGACUCAAGAAGUUCUACGAAGAUGCCCGUGACGGCAACCUCCCAGAAGUUUCAUAUAUUGUGGCUCCCGAGAACCUUUCAGAACACCCACCGUUUAUGCCAAAAGACGGUGCAUGGAUCCAGCGAAAGGUUGCUGAAGCUGUUAUGAAUGGAAAGGACUGGGAUUCAACAGCUUUGAUCUAUUCGUAUGAUGAAACAGGUGGAUGGGCGGACCAUGUCAUGUCUCCGCACCCACCAAGGUCUGAGAAGGGCGAGUGGAUGGUUGAUCCAUUCUUGAACUUCAAAGGUAUUCAACCCAUUGGUCCUGGUUACCGUCUGCCAUUUUACAUUGUCUCACCUUGGACUCGUGGCGGACACGUUUUCACAGAGCACGCUGCGCACGAGAGCCAAACGAUGUUCCUCGAAAAAUGGGCAGAGGCUCAUGGCAAGGGUUUCCAAUCAAAGGAAAUUCCAACUUGGCGCCGUCAACAAUUGAGUGAUCUCGUCAACGCAUUUGACUUUAGUAAAGAGGACACAAGUGUGCCUUACAUUCCUCGUGUCCGGAAGCCGUCGCAAGACCAUUUGACACAUCGCUUUAAUGGUGGUAUCAAGUGCCUUAUCUCACAUGCUGGAUUGGUGUUCCCACCUGUUCCUUACGGCAAGCAAGACUCAAGUAAUUCCAUGCAAGUGAACAAGGGCUAUAAGUCUGUACGUGGUGAUUUGACAGAGGGUCGCAAACUCGCAUUUGAAGCCAAUGGACGUGCCCUUAGUCACGCUAACGGCAAACUCGGCACGAGCGCCACGAAAAAGAACCAUGACGGUGGUGACCAGCUUUUCAUACUUCAUUGGCUUGGCAGCGCGCCCAAGGACAAUCGCUUCCACAUUGCCACUGAGAAAGGAGAUUACAUCACCAAGAAACUCUCGCUUAGUGACAACAAGAAUGACGCUGGUGUGUUUUCUAUCAGGGAUGUGGGCAAUGGUGCUGGAUACAACGUGACGGAACUCAACGCAGGCAAGCAGGUGACCAUCAGCAAAGAUGGCUCCCCCGAAUUUGGCGACUCGUCUUUCCUUAAGAUUUACAGUGUCACUCGUUAA